UUUUCUGAAAUGGAUUUUUGCAGUUUCAUUUCCUGUCAGAAUUCUGAAAUAACGAAUCAACAAGAUUAUUGUGAAAUUAAAACAGUAUUUCCCAACAAGAAACAAGCUGUUCAUUUAAAAUCAAAGUUUGUUGUGAAAUGGAAAAGGAAUGGCGAGGCUAAAUUACAUGUGCAGUGUUGGGACCAGAUAAUAAAAGCCUCUAGAAAAAGGUCAAAAGCUAAAAAUAAAACCGACUUACAAAUUGUUGAAGAAGAAAAAUUUUUGAUAAAGGAGGCAGCGAAGACAGUUGAAUAUUUUGACUCCAAGGAAAAGAUCAGAACAGUGGCAUCACAUGUUGCUGAUUUGAUUAAAAAAUCAAAGCAUUUUGUUUGCUUUACAGGAGCUGGUAUAUCUACUUCAGCUGGUAUCGGUGAUUAUCGAGGUAAAAGUGGAAAAUGGACGCAACAAGAUCAAUCACAUAUAACAGACACUGUUGAUUCACCAACAACAUCAAAUUCUGAGGAUUCACCUACAAAAAAAUUAAAAUUUUCAGAUGAUGAAGUUGAAGAUGGUAAUGAUGAUGAUGAUGAUGAUGAUGAUGAUGAUGAUGAUGAUGAUGAUGGAGUGAACUAUGAGGAUCUGAGACCAACCUAUACACACGAAGCACUUCAUAAACUUAUGGAAGAGGAUCACCUGAAAUAUGUUAUAAGUCAAAACGGAGAUGGCCUCCAUACCUUAUCACAAAUUCCACCAGAUAAAAUUUCAGAAUUACAUGGAAAUGUUUUUGUAGAAAAGUGUGAGAAAUGUUCAGAAAGGUAUGAACGACAAUACUAUGUCAUGGACGAUGAAUGCAGUCAAUAUUUUGAAGAUUUAGAAGAUUUUAAAAGAACAGAUAUUAAAAAACCAGGACAUGCUAAGAAAUGUAGUUUAUGUGGGCUCUGUCACAGGACAGGAAGAAAAUGUGAAAAAAAGGGAUGUAAUGGCUAUCUCAUUGACACUAUCAUAAAUUUCAAGGAUAAUCUAGAAGACAUUAUAUAUGACAGAGCUGUUGAUAAUGCCCAGAAAAGUGAUCUGAUGUUGUGUCUUGGAACAACUCUUCUGGUUACACCAGCUAAUGAACUGGUUGAAAUGACGAAAGACCCCCAGACUAUUGUUAUAUGCAACAGACAAAAGACACCUUUAGAUUAUUUAUAUAAGAAAGAUGGUUGUCAAGGUUUCAGAGUUUACGGUGACUGUGACGUCUUUAUGAAGGAAAUCAUGACCAGUAUUUUAUCUACAGAUGAAAGAUUAAGAUGGGAGUCGAGACGAACAGAAAGACUUUUAUAUUAUGAUAAACUCAGGGGAAAAAAAUAGUUUAGCUUAAUGUUAUCAAGUUUUAAUUAAAAUAUACAGAUAUUUAUUAACAGCUUUAUAGCCAAUAGUAUGAUAUAUAUUUUUAUCCGCCCACAUUUUCAUGUGGACGUAUAUUGUCGUCGCCCCUGUCCGGCCGGCCGGCCACAAUUUGUUUGUGGACACUCUGCAGGUCACAAUUUUUAUCAGAUUCGGCGAAAAAUAUAUGGUAUAUCAAGGUUGUGGACCCUAUAGAAUUCACAAUGUUGAUCCGAUUUUGAUGAAACUUGAAAUAUAUCUGUAUAACUCAAAGAUCUUGGUUCCUGUUGGUAUUCAAGCAUAUCGGAUACUAACUUCCUGAAUUAUAUGUCCCUUGCAAAAUGUAGGCGUAUCCUGCCUGGCAGCUGCUGGUUUUAUUAAAGGUACAUUAUGUAAGAACUAAAUUGGUCUAUUGCAGGUUUUUAUUUUAGCUUCAAAUGUUAUAUAAACUAUUGUUUAGACAUUUAUUCACAUGACCAUUCUAUAAUCAACUCUCUAGAUCAUUGGAUGGCAGAGAUUUAAACAGAUUGAAAUAUGAUUGCCAUUUAAUGAUUUGAUUAAAAAAUGGAGAAGUGGGGCUGAGUCUCGAUUGACAAGUAACGUUGCUAAGAUAAUUAAACAAUAUAUACCACAUCUUGUCAAAACUUCAAACAGUGAUAACUUCACUCAGAAUAAAGUAAUUUGAAUGAAAUUUUCAAUAUAUUAAUUUUGAAUUAUCUAUUUUGGAACUAUUAUAGUGAGACCGGCCAAUCUUUAUCAAAAUCCUACAUAAUGCAUCUAUAAUAAAUAAUUUGACAGCUAUAUAAUCAGUAGUGUGAUAUUUUUUAUAGGCUGUGAUAUUUAUUUUUUAUAUAUUUUUUCGUGAUAUUAUGCAGCAGAUAUCUUAAUAUCUUAUUAUUGUUAUUUUCAUUUCAUUUCUUAGUUGGUUGCUCUAUUUACAUCAAAUAUUAUUAUGCAUCAAAUGCUUUAAAAUUUUGGGUUUUCUCCGGUUUCCUCCCACUGCUAAAGACCCCCAUAAGCAAGCGAUUUAUUGAAAUAAAAUUGAAGCAUAUGUUACUUCCGAAAUGACAUAGUUUGUGUCAAAUGCAAGUGAUUUAUUGAAAUAAAAUUGACCCAUAUGUUAAAUCCAAAAUGACCUAGUUUGUGUCAAAUGGAAUUUAUAAGGUCUAGAAUAUAUCAGGGUAUUUUGUUAAAAUAUAUAUCCCUUAUUUAUUAUUAUUAUAUUUUUAUAUUAAUUUGUAACACUUUGUGAAAUAUACGGGUAAAAUAAAGUUAUAUCAUU